AUGCAGUCAAUUCCUGAAAUCUUGAGAUCCACGCAGUCGCAAGUCUCCGAGGUUUCAUUCCAAGUCGCUGUUCAUUACACCACCUUGAAUUCAUUGACCAGCCAAACCUAUUUCAGCUUCUCAUCUAUCUCUCUUACCUUGUCCAUUCCUAUCUAUCUAUCUAUCUAUCUAUCUAUCUAUCUAAGUCUGUUCUUAUCUAUCUAUCUAUCUAAGUCUGUUCUUAUCUAUCUAUCUAUCUAUCUAUCUAUCCCAGUCUGUUCUUUAUCUAUCUAUCUAUUUAUCUAUCUAUCUAUCUAUCUCAGUCUGUUCUCUCUCUCUAUCUAUCUAUCUAUCUAUCUAUGUCUUCUCCGAUGUUUCAUUCGAAGACGCUGUUCAUUAAACCACCUUGAAUUCAAUGUCCAGCCAAGCCUUGUUUCAGCUUCUCAUCUAUCUCUCUUCCCUAGUCCGUUCAUAUCUAUCUAUCUAUCUAUCCUAACAGAUGAUAUCUAUCUAUCUAUCUAUCUAUCUAUCUAUCUAUCUAUCUAUCUAUCUAAUUCUGUCCAUAUCUAUCUAUCUAUCUAUCUAUCUAUCUAUCUAUCUAUCUAUCUAUCUAAUUCUGUCCAUAUCUAUCUAUCUAUCUAUCUAUCUAUCUAUCUAUCUAUCUAUCUAUCACUGUUUAUUUUUAAUUAUUCAUCAAAAGCUCUUCAGUACUUUCUCUGUGUACUUUUCUCAUCUGACAUUUUUUUCCUUUUUAUCUAUGUUUCCAUUUCAUCUAUCUGUCAACUUUUAUUUAUUAAUUUGCUUCCUUUUAUCUAUUUCCUGUUUAUCUAUCUGUUUCCUUUUAUCUAUCUAUCUAUCUAUCUAUCUAUCUAUCUAUCUAUCUAUCUGUUUCCUUUAUCUAUCUAUCUAUCUAUCUAUCUAUCUGUUUCCUUUUAUCUAUCUAUCUAUCUAUCUAUCUAUCUAUCUGUUUCCUUUUGUCUAUCUAUCUAUCUAUCUAUCUAUCUAUCUAUCUAUCUCCUUUUAUCUAUGUUUCCUUUCUAUCUAUCUAUCUAUAUAUCUAUCUAUCUAUCUAUCUAUCUGUUCUGUGUUUACUUUUUAUAUAUGUUUCCUUUCUAUCUAUCUAUCUAUCUAUCUAUUUCCUUUCUAUCUGUUUCCUAUCUAUCUAUCUAUCUAUCUAUCUAUCUAUCUAUCUAUCUAUGUGUUUCUUUUCUAUGUUUCCUAUCUAUCUAUCUAUCUAUCUAUCUAUCUAUCUGUUUCUUUUUAUCUAUGUUUCCUUUCUGUCCAUGUUUCCUUUCUAUCUAUCUAUCUAUCUAUCUAUCUAUCUAUCUAUCUAUCUAUCUAUCUAUCUAUCUAUUUGUUCCCAUUUUAUCUAUUUGUUGCAUGCUAAAUAUUCUUUCGUUCUAUCUAUCUAUCUAUCUAUCUAUCUUCUCAUCUAACACAAUGUAUGUAUUUCAGUUUGUUCUAAUCUAUCUUUCUCAUCUAUCUCACUCAGCCUUUCCCUCUGGCUAUCCUCCUUUCUCUAUCUCUUUCUCUCUCUCUCUCUCUUACCCACUCACUCACUCACUCACUCACUCACUCACUCACUCACUCUCUAUCUAUCUAUCUAUCUAUCUAUCUAUCUAUCUAUCUAUCUAG